AUGGCCCGGGGGCCCGGCCCGCUAGGCCAGCCUCGCCCCGGUACGGUCGUCCCGGUCGCCAUGCCCAAGAGAGGAAAGAGACUCAAGUUCCUGGCCCACGACGCCUGCUCCGACCGAGUGACCGUGGUGGAUUACGCCAACUCGGAUCCGGCGGUCGUGAGGUCUGGACGAGUCAAGAAAGCCGUAGCCAACGCGGUUCAGCAGGAAGUAAAAUCUCUUUGUGGUUUGGAAGCCUCUCAGGUUCCUGCAGAGGAAGCUCUUUCUGGGGCUGGUGAGCCCUGUGACAUCAUCGACAGCAGUGAUGAGAUGGAUGCCCAGGAGGAAAGCAUCCAUGAGAGAACUGUCUCCAGAAAAAAGAAAAGCAAGAGGCACAAAGAAGAACUGGACGGGGCUGGAGGAGAAGAGUAUCCGAUGGAUAUUUGGCUAUUGCUGGCCUCGUAUAUCCGUCCUGAGGACAUUGUGAAUUUUUCCCUGACUUGUAAGAAUGCCUGGACUGUCACUUGCACUGCUGCGUUUUGGAUCAGGUUGUGGAAGUGCUUACUUUUCUGGUGCAGAAAGAUUGUUGGGAACAGACAGGAACCAAUGUGGGAAUUCAACUUCAAGUUCAAAAAACAGUCCCCUAGGUUAAAGAGCAAGUGUACGGGAGGAUUGCAGCCUCCCGUUCAGUAUGAAGAUGUUCAUACCAACCCAGACCAGGACUGCUGCCUACUGCAGGUCACCACCCUCAAUUUCAUCUUUAUUCCGAUUGUCAUGGGAAUGAUAUUUACUCUGUUUACUAUCAAUGUGAGCACGGACAUGCGGCACCAUCGAGUGAGACUGGUGUUCCAAGAUUCCCCUGUCCAUGGUGGUCGGAAACUGCGCAGUGAACAGGGUGUACAAGUCAUCUUGGACCCAGUGCACAGCGUUCGGCUCUUUGACUGGUGGCAUCCUCAGUACCCAUUCUCCCUGAGAGCAUAGUUACUGCUUCCCGUCCCUUGGAAGCAGCCCCGAGUCUAGUCCGUUAGUAAUCAGAUUCCGGUUUGGAAGGGGCAGCUGGAUUGUAUAUCUAGUUAGUAAUGCACAUGCUCUUCAGGAUCUAGGGCUCCUGUUAGGGGAGGGAGAAAUGUUGAAUCAAGAGGAAAAAUAACAACUAUAAUUUAUGAACAUAUUUUAAUGUAAAAAUUUGCAUUUAAAAGGAGUGGCCCUGUUUUCUGUGUUAAAACCCCAUUUGGUGCUAUUGAGUUUGUUCUUUAUUCUUUUAUCACAGUGAAAAUCGUUGAUCUUGCUCUAGGGAAAAAUUAAACUCUUUGAAUCUCUAA